UUAAUAGGAUAGGUAGGUAUUAGAGGUAAGACACUGCCCGCAUUCAGGUUUUGCCAAAUCCAGUGUGCCAAAUCCACUGUGUGGCACACUGGGCGGUACACAGUGGUCGGUGGAGAUACCGGGGACAUUUUUUCGACACUUUCUUGGACGACAAAUAAGACAAAUCACAGCACCGUCCCUCGUUGCCUUGUCUAUCCUCUUCCCCUCUUCCCCUGGUGAGACUCCAAGGACCUCGCUGCAACCAUGGUGGUGAUGAAGAUGAAGUUCCCCUUUCAGAAAAGGGUGAAACUGGCCCAGGGACUGUGGCUCCUCUCCUGGUGUGCCACAGUGGCCGGGGCCAUGACCUUCACCUUGGGGUGCAUCCUUAAGAUUGAGCUCCACAGAAGAGGAGAGGUGAUGGAAAACACUGACAUACAUAUUGUACCCAACACCCUGAUGAUAGUUGGCCUGGCCUCCUUGGGAAUCAACUACUUUGCUUCAAAGAUCUGUCAGGAUGCACUGGACGCCGGGCGAUUCCCUCGCUGGAAGAACUUCCUGAAGCCCUUCUUUGCCGUCUCCUGUUUCUUCACUGUCCUCAUGCUUCUGGCUGUCAUCAUGAGCUACGCCAUGAAGGGCACGCUGGAGACCUCUCUGAAGGCUGGCCUGAGGAACGGCAUCCGCUUCUACAAGGACACAGACACACCGGGCCGCUGCUUCCAGAAACAGAAUAUUGAUCACCUGCAGAUGGAGUUUCAGUGUUGUGGUAACAACGACUUCAGGGACUGGUUUGAGGUCCAGUGGAUCAGCAACCGCUACCUGGAUUUCAGCUCAAAGGAGGUGAAAGACCGCAUCAAGAGCAACGUGGAUGGUCGAUACUUGGUAGAUGGCGUCCCAUUCAGCUGCUGCAACCCCAGCUCCCCACGGCCAUGUAUCCAGUAUCAACUCACCAACAACUCUGCUCACUAUAACUAUGACUACCAGACGGAGGAGCUCAACAUCUACCUCCGAGGCUGCAGAGAAGCACUGGUCCACUACUAUAUGGGUCUGAUGAACACCAUUGGAGCUGGAGUCCUGUCAGUUUUUAUCUUACAGGCUUCUGUGCUGGUCAGCUUGCGGUUCCUGCAGACCGCCAUGGAGGCAGUGGCAGGGAAGGAAAACACAGAAAUCGAGACAGAAGGGUACCUCCUGGAGAAAAGCGUGAAAGACACCGUCAUGGAGUACCUCAACCCCCUGCUGAAGUUCUUCCUGCUUACAAACCAGGUGGAGGAGGGCGAUCCUGGAGCAGCAGCUCCAGCCACUGCUUAAAAGCACACGUGAUGAACACACCUGUGAAUCAUUUUUACACAGAGAGGGUUAUCAAUGAAAGACCAUUUAAUUUUGCAGAAGGAGACAUGAAACAGAUUUCUAUGAAUCUCACAGAAUCGGGAAAGAGUUCUCCUCCAUCCUGCCCUUUCAAAUUUCAUGUGCUUAACCAGUACCUUCUCUGUUAAACACAUUCUGUAUAAUGUGUAUAAUAGUGUAUAAUAAAGAUACCUACAUUAGCUAAUGUAAACCCAUAUCGGCUGUUUGUACGAUACAUGACACACCACCCAUUAAUUUAUUCUUUAAUUUUUAUUAUUUCUUAUUUUUAUUUUUACAUGAAUGAUAAAGUAUUACAUUGUUGUAUUUGUUCCACGAAUACACCGUAGAGAGCCAUGAUGCACAAUGCUCUGCUCUGCAACAGGAUUAUGAAAUAAUAUAAAUAAAGAUUGACAAUACUGAUUGCCUAAUGGAGUGGAGUCACUUCCUCCUUCAUUUGCUAAGGUAAAUAAAAUACAUGCAGACAUUAUAAUGCUUCAUAUCAUGCACACACACUUCACAAUAAACUCCCCAUGAUGCUACUUUCUCCCUGCUUCUCUUCUGCUUGCCAGCAAGAGGAAUAGGAUUAAGAGGAUUGAUUCAUCUGUGUCGAUAAUGCGAUGAAAGCCAUUAAGUGUGUCCUCUGUUCUGAUCACUCACCUUUGUUAAGGCUGCUAAUCCAGUUUGUUAAUACUCAGCCUGCUGCCCUUGCAGUUAGACACCUGAGUCAGAUGAAUCUAAGAUUCAGAUACUGACGUUUUUCAUAGUCUGCUUACAACAGCCUAGGCCUUUUUCUCUGGUUAAUUUACACAAACAACAAGUGCAUAAUUGACCCCCCCUGGGGUAACUCAUAAGGACUCAGAGACAUAGGACUGGUUCAUCCCAUGAAUCUAUUUAUAAUGGCUACCUAUGUGAAAAUCUUAAUUAAAAAGUCCUUUUGAAAACAGGGCUGUGUGACUUUCUUGGGCUGAACAGAUUCACAAAUGUUGGGGUAGACUCAGUAAUAAUAAAGCUGUGAGAGGCGUUCAAUCAAUUGUUAUUGUAACCUCAACAAUUAAAAGUCAUCAUCAGCACGAUUGGAAUAAUUUCUUUAAUUGGCCUUUAGAGAAUAAAUCCUUUUACUAUUACUGUAAUCUGAUUGUAACCCUUAUUUGAUACUGAUAUCACAUAUGGAGGCAGCUGUGAACCACUCAUUCACCUUCAAAUAACAUAAUAUCAAACUUACAUUAAGCCAGAAUCAUGCAAUAGUAAUUUUGUGAAAAGUAUUGUACUAAUGCAUGUUGUUGUUGUUUUUCAUUGCAUUAGUGUAGUCCGGGCUUGAGUCAUUUUGUUUUAAUUGAUGGAUAUUUUUUUUAUUUGCUUUAAUUAGAUAACAUGGUUUAUGUAUGGCAAAAGCAAACUCAUGUUUGUGAUUGGAUGUGUUGUAAAAAAAAUAAUAAUAAAGAAAAGGGAACUGAAA